ACUUUCCUUGACACUGGCGGGAGUGUCACGUUGCUGCAGACAAUCUACCAGCCCGUGGAUUCCACUCAGUCAGAUAGGUGUGCCUGUAAUGUAGUGUGCCUGUAUGUUGGCCUUUAACUGGUGUGUGAUUAUUUAUCGUUCUUUUUAAAUUUUCGGCUGACUGAAUGGCAGGAUUGGAGAUGCCAGCCAACACACAUGGAGUCGGAGUCUUCCUCGAGCUGAGAAAGAGGCUUCAGAGUGGACUCCUCAUUGUCGGGAAAGACGUUGCCGGAAGUCCUGCCGACGUGGUGGUGAUGGGUGGAGAUUCCUCUCUCUGCAUCCGGACUCCCAGGGGCGAGCUGAGCCCUACUUUACCACCAGGAGUCGCCUUCGAGGAGGGAUCUUGCAUUCCGACACCUGCAGGAGAAUCCUGUGGAGAGGAACUGCAUUUCAGACUGCGCAUCAGUGUCGUACAAAGCAGAAAUGAAGAGGCCUCUGACAGCGUGAUGGAGACACUCCAGGCAAAAGAGACUUAUUGCUUCUACUGCCAGGGCUGCAUGACCAGGCUGCUUGAGGACAGAUUGUUUAAGCGAGUUCUUCCUCUUCCUAAUGGCAACUGGAAUGCCAUUGUGGAUGACUGGUGUUGCCACCCAGAUCCGUUUGCUAACAAGAAGUUGUUGCCCCGAGCAGAGGAUUGUUUGCUGGGUGACACCUUUGUCCUCGUAGCCAGAGAUGGCAGUUGUGAACAGACCCUCACUCAGGAAGUGAGCCCUGUUGGCUCACAGGACAGUCAAGAUCCAAAGAAACCCUGCCGCAGACUGGCGCUUAUCUCCUGCAAGAGCUGUUCCUCAAUGCUGGGAGAGGCUGUCGCACCAGAGACCCUGAAACUGUACAUCACACAGGUGGUGGUGGAGCCCAGUGUGGGUGACAGAAAGCCAGAGGCGUCACUUAACAGAUCUCUUUUCCUGGAGAGGACUGUAGCAGCCAGGCUUUUGGAGCUGUGCAACUCUUUGAGCACCUUCCACUACUGUGUCCAGACUCCUGAUGGAAAAGCCUUCCUAUUGCUCUGGCUACUGAACAGUGACUCCAUCAUAGCAUCAGUCCCAGAGACGUGUGUCGGGGGUGAGAGGUCUAUCAGCUCCCCUGCUCUUCACAGUCCAUCACCCAGAGCUGCCAGAGCCCUAAAACUCCUCUACAUCGCCUGCUCUGACACAGGCAUCCAGCAGAGAGACAUUGUAACUAGCUGGGAGGUCAAUGCCAUAGGACAUCCUGUGGUGCUGCUGCCGAAGGUGUGUGAAGAGCUGCUGCAAGUGAUAGAUGACAGCAACUCUGCACUUCCUACGUCAAUGCGUUGCAUGAGGUCCUACAAGGUGGCAUACCUAAGACUGUGAGGUUGAAAGGCCGGAGCCAAAAGGUCAAGACUUCACUCAUCACACUUGGUAGAGAAUUGAAAAAGACCUGGGACAACUGAGAAAAGAACUUUUUGUGAACAUGUACAUGUAUGUUUUUUUAUAUGUGAAGAUGACAUCAUUCACAGAGUGAUGUCAGAUUUCUAGGUAAGUAUGAGAAUUUUAAUGCAGAAGAAAAUGCAGCAAGCAUGGAAUAGCUUGUUUAGCAUGUCAAGUUUUGGUUUCUGGUUUAAUCUGUAUCUUCACCUCCAAAGACUCAUGUUGAAACAGGUUGUUGCCAGGCUAUUAAAUGAUAGCUUGUAUUUAGUAAAUUCAAACAUAGGAGAGACUGAAAUCACAUAAAACAUUUUGUUCAUAGGUUACACCUGUUUGUAAUUUUUUUUUAAAAUCAUUAUUAAUUAUAAUGUAUAGUAAUAUACAUAAUGGUUGAAAAGCAACUUUGUCAAUUCCCAGACUAAGUUUUGUAUUUUUCUUACCAUUCUUGACAAAACAGAUUAAACUAUUGUAUUUUUGAAAA